UCAGGCCGACUGCUGCCGAGUGUUCCCGGUGCCUCUCCGGGGACUCUUAAACAAGUGACCCCGUAGGAAGCACAGUUGUUUCUGGCCCUAGUGGGGUUGCCUGGAAACCGCAGCUUAGAAGGAAGCCCCGGAUGAGGCGUCCUAGCGGACUCCUGCCUGGAUGCUUUCGAGGACUCGAAAAGGUACUGUACUCGGAGGCAUUAAAUCUUACUGAUCAGUGUUGCCUGUGUUUUCUUGAUUGCUCCAAAAGAAUAAAGUGGCCUCGUGAAUAGGAAUGCCUGCCCGAAUAUCAGAAUUGGAGAUCAUGGAUGAAGAUCGAUUAACUGAAGAAGUCUUGGAUAAGUUUGUUAAUUGUCAUGAACAAACAUAUGAAGAAUUUCUGAGCACUUUUCCUCAUCUUUCAAAAGAGGAUAACGUGACCAAAAGAGGAGCAUUUGGAACUGAUUCUUCAGAAAACGUAUUUCCUUCAGAAGAGGAACAGAUAGUGAUAGAUGAAGGCCAAAAAGUUGGCAGUACCUUUCAAGGUGAUCUGAGUCGGGCAGGAAAGGUGAAGGUGGACAAUUUCCUAGAUUUAGAAGAUUUGGACAUAGAUGAAGAGACUCAGCCCCAAAUGAGCAAGGAGUCUGAAAUAUUGCCAGAGUGUUAUGGGAUGAAAUCAGCCCUCCCAUUUCCUGUCUCUCCAUCCCUUAGGAAAAUACGGGGAAAUGAGGCAAAGAUUUGCUACUGCUUCCAGGAGAAGUGGAGGAGGACGUCCACACACCUGUUCCACCUUACAUUCCUUCCGUGGCCCAGCCCUUCACCCCUGAGGUCGAGCUGGUGCCCACUGGGAGAGGGGCACACAAAGAAAUGGAAGAGGUCCUGUAAACAUCUGGUGGUCAUUAAGGUACUUGGAGAUGAAGUUCAGCCCUUCUCACUUGAUGAAGAAUUUGAUUAUGAUGCUGUGACACUAACCCCCAAGUUCACGCCUGCCGAGAGAGAGGCGAUCACAGAGCUAUCCAAGCAACAGAGGCAGAUCACCAACACAGAUUUAGAGGAACCCCACGCCUGAUUUCACCAAGACAUCUUUGUGUUAAUGUUUACUGUGUUGUUAUGCAAGCAGCAUCGGAAUAAAAGGUAGACCUACCAGAA